UCAGGAAGUUCUCGCGUUACCGAAAGGGAGGCACAUCCGGCUCCGGUGUCAUGGCCGACCCUUACCCUGAAUGCGCGCUGGCUGCGGUCGGCGAGAAGAGGCAGCAGUUUGGGAGCAGAUUUCUGAGCGAUCCGGCGCGCGUCUUCCACCAUAAUGCCUGGGACAAUGUGGAGUGGUCGGAAGAGCAGGCCGCCGCGGCGGAGAGGAAAGUCCGGGAGAACAGUACCCAGCGGGUGUGCCAGGAGAAGCAAGUUGAUUAUGAGGUCAAUGCCCACAAAUAUUGGAAUGAAUUCUACAAAAUCCACGAAAAUGGAUUUUUCAAAGAUAGACAUUGGCUUUUCACUGAAUUCCCAGAGUUGGCACCCAGCCAAAACCAAAACCACUUGAAUGAUUUGCUCCCAGAGAACAAGAGGAGUAAAGUACCUCAAUGUAGAAGCAAUGAGGAUGGACCUGGCUUACAAAUAGAAGAACAACACAAGUGUUCUUCAAAUAGCCUUGGACAUAAAAUGCAGAUGCCUCCUGUGGAAGAAAACGUAACUCAGAAACUCAGUCACCUGGAAAUCUGUGUGGAUGAGUUCCCUGGGUCCUCAGCUACCUACAGAAUACUUGAGGUUGGUUGUGGUGUGGGAAACACAGUCUUUCCGAUUUUACAAACUAACAAUGACCCAGGACUCUUUGUUUACUGUUGUGAUUUUUCUUCCACAGCUGUGGAACUGGUCCAGACAAAUUCAGCAUAUGAUCCUUGUCGGUGCUUUGCCUUUGUUCACGAUCUAUGUGACGAAGAUAAGAGUUACCCAGUGCCCAGGGAUAGCCUUGAUAUUAUCAUCCUUAUAUUUGUUCUUUCAGCGGUUGUUCCAGACAAGAUGCAGAAGGCUAUCAACAGGCUGAGCAGACUUCUGAAACCGGGAGGGUUGAUGCUUCUGCGAGAUUAUGGCCGCUAUGACAUGGCUCAGCUUCGGUUUAAAAAAGGUCAGUGUCUGUCUGAAAAUUUCUAUGUGAGAGGUGAUGGUACUAGAGUUUACUUCUUCACACAAGAUGAGCUGGAUACACUUUUCACUACUGCUGGACUGGAAAAGGUUCAGAACCUGGUGGAUCGCCGAUUGCAAGUGAACCGAGGGAAACAGCUGACAAUGUACCGCGUUUGGAUUCAGUGCAAAUACCGCAAGCCUCUCCUGUCCGGCACUGGCUAAGAGGCACCUGCUCUUGCCAUGAUAGGAGUUCUUGGGAGUUUUUUUAAAAAGAACAUUCACGAAUGGUGUCUUGUUGAUGUUGGGAAGUUCAAGGAUUCAGACUUGAGCAUUGAACCUAGAACAGGUUGCUUUUUAUCAAGUUUCUAAUAAUUGUCCUUCAUAUUUGUGAAGCCCUUUUGUAUAUACUUUCCUCAAGGUUGUUGGGCUGCUUUGGUUUUGGGGUUUUUUUUUGUAGGCUCUGUGCCCGGCAUGGAGCCCACUGCCAAGCUUGAACUCACAACCCUGAGAUCAACCCUGGAUGCUUAACCAACUGAGCUACCCAGGCACCUCCUCCUCCUUAAGUUUCUUUCUUACUUUGAGAUCUCAAAGAAUCUUUCUUGGCAUUUUGUAAUUAAUCAUAACUAACUUUCCUAAGAAUCAUGAAUUUAAAGGCAUCAAGAAUUUAUUAUAUAUGAACAUAAUAAAGAAGUAUUAUGUAUGAUAAAGUGUCAUUUGA